UGAAAAGACCUUGGUAAAAAAUAACCAGAUACAUUCUAGAUAUCUAGCAAUAUGCAGCAAGAAUCAAUAGUAAGUACCAGGCCUGAUAGAGAAAUAACAAAGAAAAUUAUUACACCGGGUGAUUAUUCUAUCGUGCCAUAUGAGGAAUCUCGAUGUAAAAUUGUACUUUCAAAUGUAACAAACACUUCUGAAGAUGUUGAAAGAGAUGUAGAAAGUCGUAUACUAAGUAAAAACUUUGAUGGCGUAGUUAUUAUCGGGGAGGCAGAUUCUUUUAUUGAUAAAGAUUUCGAGUUGAUCCUUCAACAGAUGUGUUGUGGUGAGACAUGUUUGGCGAGAAUUGUUUAUAAAAAUCAGAACUGUGAGAUAGUAAAAGAGAUAUCAUGUGAGAUAGAGUUAAAAGAAGUUACAGAGGAACAAUUAGUGAGUGAUUGGAGUUGGACAAGAUUACUCGAAGCUGCAGCACAUCAUAAAGAACGAGGAGUCGCUUUGAUACAAGAGAAGAGAGUUUUAGAUGCAUUUAGAAGGUUUAGCAAAGCAUUUAAAUUUUUAGUAGCCAUAGAACCUGUGAAUCCUGAAGAAAUUAAUGAUGAAUCAUUGAAAGAAAUGAAAGACUUAAAGGUGAAGCUAUAUAAUAACUUGGCACACUGUCAGCUGCAGUUUUGUGAAUAUGAAGCUGCAUUAGAUCUCUGUAACCGUGCAAUAACUCUGGAUAAUAAUAAUGUGAAAGCAUUGUACCGACGUUGUACUGCUUACCAUUGUCUGAAGAUGUACGAAGAUGCUUGGAAGGAUAUACAACGUGUGAUAAUAUUAAAUCCUAAUGAUAAAGCGGCACGAACUAAAGCCAGUGAACUGAAAGGAAUAGUAGACAAAAUAAAUUCCGAAUAUGCUAAUGUUAUUAAAAAGAUGUUUAUUUAAUU